AUGUCUCUAUUGAUCACAUGGGUCGUGACUGGUACAAGGUGGAGUUCUUUGAGGAAGAGGUGUUGUUUGUGUUGGAGAAUUGACCUUGUGUGCUGGGCUAGAAUUCCCUUCUUGCCUCUACAUUACGAGGAUCCUGAGGUGCUGCAUGAUUUGGUCUCUAUUCUUGUUGACCCUAUUACUAUUGAUUUGCCGCCUUUGGAAGGCAAACAGAGUAUGUUUAUGAGAGCUAGGCUCUAG